UGGGCAAUCAUUUACAAUGUGUUGUACUGUCUGAAAAAUCACACGACAAUUGCAACCCAGACUCUUUAAUUCUCUGUUUAUGGGGUGAAGUGGAAAGGGAAGGAUUUGUUUGAUUUAGUAUGCAGGACACUAGGACUCCGAGAAACCUGGUUCUUUGGACUACAGUACACAAUCAAGGAUACUGUGGCAUGGCUCAAAAUGGACAAGAAGGUCCUUGAUCACGAUGUUCCGACGGAAGAGCCAGUCACUUUUCACUUCCUAGCCAAAUUUUACCCUGAGAAUGCUGAGGAGGAGCUGGUUCAGGAGAUCACACAACACUUGUUUUUUCUGCAGGUAAAGAAGCAGAUUUUGGAUGAGAAGAUCUACUGUCCUCCUGAGGCAUCUGUUCUUCUGGCCUCCUAUGCUGUCCAAGCCAAGUAUGGAGAUUAUGAUCCCAGUGUUCAUAAGCGGGGCUUCUUGGCACAAGAGGAGCUGCUUCCAAAACGGGUAAUAAACCUUUACCAGAUGACUCCAGAGAUGUGGGAGGAAAGAAUAACAGCAUGGUAUGCAGAGCAUCGAGGCAGAGCAAGAGAUGAAGCUGAAAUGGAAUAUUUGAAGAUAGCUCAGGACUUGGAGAUGUAUGGAGUGAACUACUUUGCAAUAAAGAAUAAGAAGGGCACUGAACUGUUACUUGGUGUUGAUGCCCUGGGGCUUCAUAUUUAUGACCCAGAAAACAGGCUGACCCCCAAAAUCUCUUUUCCAUGGAAUGAGAUCCGGAACAUCUCUUACAGCGAUAAAGAGUUUACGAUUAAGCCAUUGGACAAAAAGAUUGAUGUCUUUAAGUUCAAUUCAUCGAAACUGCGUGUGAACAAGCUGAUUCUUCAGCUGUGUAUUGGAAAUCAUGACUUAUUCAUGAGAAGAAGAAAGGCAGACUCAUUGGAGGUCCAGCAGAUGAAAGCACAGGCCAGGGAAGAGAAAGCCAGGAAGCAGAUGGAACGACAGCGUCUGGCCCGGGAGAAGCAGAUGAGGGAAGAGGCAGAACGAACAAGGGAUGAGUUAGAGAGGAGGCUUUUGCAGCUAAAAGAAGAGGCUACAAUGGCCAAUGAGGCUCUGAUGAGGUCUGAAGAAACAGCGGAUUUGCUGGCUGAAAAAGCCCAGAUCACAGAAGAGGAGGCCAAGCUCCUGGCUCAGAAAGCAGCUGAGGCAGAACAGGAGAUGCAGCGAAUCAAAGCAACAGCCAUUCGGACAGAAGAGGAGAAACGCUUGAUGGAACAGAAGGUGCUGGAAGCAGAGAUGUUGGCCCUGAAAAUGGCAGAAGAAUCGGAGAGAAGGGCGAAGGAGGCUGAUCAGCUAAAGCAGGACCUUCAGGAAGCCCGUGAGUCAGAGCGGAGAGCAAAGCAGAAACUCUUGGAGAUCACCAGCAAGUCAUCCUACACACAGCCGAUGAACUCGAGCACGACAACACUUCCUGCCGAUCUGCCAAGUUUCAUCAGUGAGAGUCUGUCCUUUGACUUCAAGGAUACUGAUAUGAAGAGACUUUCCAUGGAAAUAGAAAAAGAGAAGGUGGAGUACAUGGAGAAGAGCAAGCAUCUGCAGGAGCAGCUGAAUGAACUGAAGACCGAGAUUGAGGCACUGAAGCUAAAGGAGAGAGAGACAGCUCUGGAUAUAUUGCACAGUGAGAAUGCCGACCGAGGCAACAGCAAGCACAACACCAUUAAAAAGCCUCAAGCCCAGGGCAGAAGACCUAUCUGCAUUUGAGACUGCAAAGUAGGUUAUUCUAAG